GUAGUUUCUAGGCUCCGAGAAGCGAGAGGCGGAUCUUCCCAAAAGACAUCAGGUGCAGUGUAAGCUGCAGGUACUGGCUCAGCUGGAUAAGCCUUUAAUCAUGGAAAGAAGGCCUGUAAAAAAGGAAAUAAAAAAGCUCCUGAGAAAGCCAGAAGAUGAUCUGGCCUGUCUCCUGCCAGAGAGAUCUCAAAUGUAGUGCAAAGCGGGAUGCUGAAUCUCUCAGGAGGAUGUUUCUGCUGGCAGCAGGCAGAUUGGAGGUGUCCCCAUUCUACAGCCUGCGAGCAAAGCAGGGCACGGGGAGAUUAUAUUGGCAUCAGACUUCGGGAAAAUGAAUUUGACCCAAAAGGAAGAAGGCAACCCACCUUUCUAGAUGAUAUGGCACACUAUGACUUGGCCAUCAGCAUUGCUUUGCAAUGGCUGGAUCACUCCGAAGAUUUAACUUGGCUGAAGUGGGAAGAAGUGAAAAUGCCCUUUCAUGAUCGACCCAGAUAUCCAAACCACAGAAAAAGAGAAGCAAUGAUUUUAUCAUCUUAUGCUGGAAUCUUAAUGAACAGUAUCCCAAUUGAGGAAGUCUUUAAAAUUUAUGGGGCUGAUUCUUCUGCCAAUUCUGGUACUACCAAGAUCAUAUUCUACGAGGACUGGGGCUUCCAGGGCCGCUGUUACGAGUGCAACAGUGACUGUCCCAACCUGCAGACCUACUUCAGCUGCUGCAACUCCAUCUGCAUGGACAGCGGCUGCUGGAUGCUCUAUGAGCGUCCCAACUACCAGAGCAACCAGUACUUACUGCGGUGGGGGGACUACCCCUCCUAACAGCAGUGGAUGGGCUUCAAUGAUUCCAUCCGCUCCUGCCGCGUGAUUCCUUAUACCAGCUUGCACAGGAUAAGGUUGUAUGAGAGAAGUGACUACAGAGGCCUGGUGUCUGAGCUCACAGAAGACUGCUCCUGUAUCCACAAUCGCUACCAUCUCAACAAGAUCUACUCCGUCCAUGUGUUGGAGGGCUGCUGGGUCCUCUACAAGAUGCCCAACUACAGGGGGCAGCAGUACCUGCUCAGGCCAGGAGACUACAGGUGCUACCAUGACUGGGGCACAAUGGACGCCAAAGUCGGUUCUCUGUAUUUGUAUGAAGCAGUGCUUUUCUUUAUGAUCCACAUAGAGAUGCAAUAAAUAAACAAACUUUUUUUCUGGCA